CCACAUACGGUCGGAACAAUAGAUUAUCUGCAUGAUCAUCCAUCCCAGGACAUCCCUCGUGCCUUUCGCUUGCAUCGCCUGAUGCAUGCACUUUGUGAUAUAUGAAGGAAACGCUCACAAAACGAGCAUCAUGCAGCCCUACGCCCACGAGCCUAAUUUCCCAGUCACUAGUCCCUCGGGACAUCCUCACCCUCUUCCAAGUGGAAUCCCGGACACCACUUCGGUCCCUCUCGCAUCCUCAUCAUCCAUAUCUUCAUCGUCUGUCACAUGCUCUCCAUUUUUCAGUCGCAAAAGAGGGGUGCAGGCAGCCGCGAAACGCCGAGAUGCAUUUCUUGCACGGCUGAGACGUGCAAAAGCCAUUGUAUCUAAGUUGUUUCAUCGCUUGUUACCGAAACCACCAGCGAAACCGUCCGCGAAAGAGGCUCAGAUAGGCAAAGAGCCUGUAUCCCCUACCGUCCCACAGUCGGACUCGGGCGUGGAUCAUUUUCCAGUCGAAAACAGUUCCACGGUACCCAGCUCGAAUACACUUACCGAUACUUCAUACCAACCUACGUCGACGCAGACAAAUGUAGAUCUGCUGGAAUCGAAAGAGGCUCAGAUAGGCAAAGAGACUGUAUCCCCUACCGUCUCACAGUCGGACUCGGGCGUGGACCAUUCUCCUGUCGAGAAAAGCCCCACAGUAUCCGGCCCGAAUACACUUACAGAUACUUCAUACCAACCUACGUCGACGCAGACCAAGAACUCCGGAACGCAGACAUUCGCGUUAAUCAUCGCAAUUGAUGACUACAAAGGACGUCCCCUCCGAGGAUGCGUCAACGACGGCGAGGCUAUGUACCAGUAUUUGCGUACCAAACUGUCCGUCCCCUCCUCGAACACCCUAUUUUUGAAAAAUGGGCAGGCAACUGCAGGUGCCAUAGAACGUGGGUUUCGAGAGCACCUCAUCAUGAAUCCACGCAUUCAAACCGAUGACCUCAUCCUCUUUUUCUUUGCUGGCCAUGGUACGAGUGAAUAUGCCCACACAGACUGGCCGGAGGAGUACCGAGGUGACAUGGAAUGUAUAUGCCCUCAAGAUAUGGAUUUCACCGCCGUUCAUGGCAUACCUUCCAUCAAGUUGAAUGCGUGGUUCGCAGAGUUGGCUAGCAGAAAAGGACAGAACGUCGUCGCGAUUUUCGAUUGCUGUCACUCGGGUAAAAUGUCUCGCAAUAUGAUCCCAUCGCCUGCACAUCGUCUCUAUUUGCCUCCUGAUCAUGCCAAACUCCCCUUCACUCUCGACUCCGAUUCACUUAAAUGGGUAUCCGAAGAAUCCUCGAGGAAAGCAGGAGCGAUCAGACCUACAUGUUUUGCAUACGAUGCAUUAGCAUCACACAUCCUUCUUAGUGCCUGCAAGCAGGAUGAACUGGCACAAGAGACAAUGGUGGAGGAUGCAUCAGGUUAUGAGGGUCGUAACAUACCUGCGGAAAGAGCGGUCGAAAUACCUAAGACAAAAGCACUACCACAGGAAGCAUUGGAUAAGCCACGUUCUAUCUACCGCGGUCAUUUUAGCAAGGUCCUCAUCGACAAACUAUGCAGCAUUCAGCCAGGCAGUCCAUCAGAGAGCACUUAUCGGGAGUUGAUUGACACUUUGCAUCCACUAUCGGGCAGCCAGCAUCCACAAUGCGGGGGAGCCAAUCAGCACCGCAUUGUGUGGAGCGUAUUCUCACGAGACGAUGCCACUUGCGGUUAUGACAUCGAGGUCGCUCCCGAGGCAGACCAGUUGAUUGUGGCUGCAGGAAAGAUUGUUGGCGUCAGGGAAGGCAUGAAGUUCGAUAUCGAUCCAGGAGACGGCUCAAAGGCCUUGCAAGGUUUCAAGAUCACCGAAGUCAGGCAGCUGCAGUCCGUAUCCGACGCUUGCGCGUCCGCUCAAUAUUCGAUGGAUUACAUUCGAGACAAGGUCACUAGAAGGGCUCGAGCGGUGUUCAUAGCAUGGAAGCUCACACGAUUGAAUGUAUUCUGUGAAAAGCAAGCCGAGGAAAUUCUAGGGGAAGAUCAAGCAUUCUUGCGCGAGCAAACCAUCUCCUUGAUGAAAAAAUCAGCGGCCGAUAUCGGUAUCGACUACGAUACGGGAAGCAAGCGGUGGAUUUUGGAACGACUGGCUCCCCGUAUGAGCAAAUACGCAAAGCAAAAAACUCCUUUCAACGCCGCAGCCGGGGAGCUAUGGAAGAUUUGCCGAAGUAUUGCCCGGUUCAACCAUCACUUGUUGCCGUCGAUUACACCGCUUUCGAAUAUUACGCUCGAGCUGCAUCACCUGAAGCGAGUAGACGGUCCAUUCGGAACCUACUUCGACUCAGAAAGGAAGAUUGAACUCGAUCGUCGACAUGAAGAGCAAGUAUUGGGGGAAUUCGUCGUGUAUGAAGAUGAAUUCUCAUCGGACGAGUCAUACUACGGAGUCAACAUCACAAAUAACACGAAUUACGACCUUUUCCCGUAUUUAUUCUAUUUCGAUCCAAACGAUUACUCUAUCACACAAUUCUAUCUUUCCGAGGAAAAAAUGGACCCCCCGCUCAAGAGGCACAGUUCGUUCCAAAUCGGCUACGGAAAGCGGUGGACGUCGCGCGAUGCCAUUCAACUCACGUUGACAGAUGGCAUGUCGGAAUCCGCGUUCUUGAAGCUGUACGUUUCGACAGUAUGGGUAAAAAUGGAUGAUCUUCCACAGCAUUCGCCUCUAUCCUCGAUCGGGCGCGGUGCACAGGUAGUCAAGCUGCCGGUUGAGGAGAUGUGGGGUGCCUGCAGUUAUGUUCUCACUACGUGUCAGAACAAACUGGCAAAAUUAUGAGAGAACCGCUGAAGAUUGGGUCCAUUAUUGUGGUGCAGACACUUCCAGUGUUCAAGCGCGGUUGGUUGAAGAUCUUGACUGCUGCUGUGUGUAAUGAUAUGCGAAGGAACGAUGCAGCACUGGCUCGAAAGAAAUAUUUCUCCACAAUCGAUUUGCAGUCCAGUUG